ACACAUACACAACACAACAAUUACGUACCUACCACUCGACAAUUUCUGUAGAUUCGAACCGCGUUACUUUUCCAUAUACCGUUAACUUUAUUCUUCUCUCUCUUUCUCUUCUCUUUCCUGCGUAUCAUCUCAAUUCCACUCUCUUCUUCUUAAAUUUGAAUUCAUCCGAUAUAUUCUUCUUCUUCUUCUUCACUUCCACUACUUAUAUAACCUCUUUUUUCUUAUCAUCACAAAAACAAGCACUCUCUCUUCUUAAUUAUUUCAAAAUAUUCAUUCGUUUUCACAACUCAUCAUCAUCAGAAACAUCAUCAAAUGGAACAUGGAGUUGUUGAUGGUAUUAUCAAUAGGUUGCUUGAAGUAAGAGGAAGACCUGGGAAACAGGUGCAGCUUUCUGAGGCGGAAAUCAAACAGCUUUGUCUUGUUUCUAAGGAUAUCUUCUUGAAUCAGCCUAAUCUGUUGAAACUAGAGGCUCCUAUUAAGAUCUGUGGAGAUGUCCAUGGUCAAUAUCCUGACCUUCUGCGGCUUUUCGAGUACGGUGGAUUGCCUCCUCGUUCCAAUUAUUUAUUUCUUGGCGACUACGUUGAUCGCGGAAAGCAAAGUCUAGAAACAAUAUGUCUUCUUCUGGCAUACAAAAUAAAAUACCCAAGAAACUUCUUCCUCCUAAGGGGUAACCACGAAUGCGCUUCCAUAAACCGUGUCUACGGAUUUUAUGACGAAUGCAAAAGGAGAUACAAUGUGAAGCUAUGGAAAAUGUUCACAGAUUGUUUCAACUGUCUGCCUGUGGCAGCUCUCAUUGACGAAAAGAUCAUCUGUAUGCACGGGGGACUCUCUCCAGAACUACACAAUUUGAACCAGAUAAAGCAUUUGCAGCGUCCGUGUGAAGUUCCUGAAUCCGGUCUAUUAUGUGAUCUCCUAUGGUCUGAUCCUAGUAGCGACGUUCAAGGCUGGGGAGAAAGUGAACGCGGAGUUUCUUAUACGUUUGGCGCUGAUAAGGUUAAAGAGUUUCUUCAAAAGCAUGAUCUUGAUUUGAUUUGCAGGGCUCAUCAGGUUGUGGAAGAUGGAUAUGAGUUCUUUGCUAAUAGACAACUUGUGACAAUCUUUUCGGCUCCGAAUUACUGUGGAGAGUUUGAUAAUGCUGGUGCUAUGAUGUCUGUGAAUGAAACACUUAUGUGUUCUUUUCAAAUACUAAAACCACUUGAUAAAAAGCCUAAGCUUACCUUCGGAAGCACAACUACUAUUAAGCCUGGUACUCCAACAAAAUUCAAGCAAACAAUUUUUGGUGCUAAAGCAUGAACUCUGCGACAUGAUUUUGAUGGUUAAGAUUUGGUAUCCGACCGAGGUUUGUUCGGAAAAUCGGCGUUCAGUUCAAGAUGAAGGAAGAAUAUAAUGCAAAUACCAGUAUAACACAAAGUCUUGCUUUAUGGGACAGCAAAAUGUUUAUUUCUUUUCAUGACAGAGUUGAACCUUGUACAAUAUUGUCGAACACAAAUAGAGGAUUGAAGUGUCAUUUUUCUUCUCUUUUAGUCACUAUCAUAUCAUGCUAUAUGCUGAUCUUCCUUUGUAUUAUUAUAAAGAAUUUUAAUGUUAUAUAUUGUAGAGGAUUAAACUAUCACUUUUUAGAUUCAUGUUUUCUUAUAAUUGUACCUUGUAAUCUGUGUAGUCAAGAUCGAGUGAUGAAGUUGUCAUUUAGAGCUAUGAUCUUAGAAAAAACUUUUUUGUGCACUUUAUGGAUAAGAUCGAGUAUUGGAUCUUAAGAUUUUAAGUGCUGAAAUUAUGUUUUAUAUGACUAUCAUGAUAUGGGAAUACAUAAUAUCUUAUAUGAUUGGACUUAUUUGUUA